GAAUCAUCCAUCCCAUCCAUUCGUCGAACAGUGAGUGAGAACACACCCACCCACCCAUCUAUCUAUCUCGAGAACACACCCACCCACCCAUCUAUCUAUCUCGUCUGUCUCACCUCUUCUCGGCUCAAGCUGCUUAAGGCACCUCGACUCAUGUACACGACGACACGGCCGAAAAUCCAUCACCCACUCCCACACCGACACCCACCCCCACCCCCACCCGCAGACCGCCCAGACUCUUGCCACCUCCGUCAAUGCCACACACCGCCCUCUCCCUCUCCCUCCCCCUCUCCCUGUCUCUGUGCUGCGUCUCGUCAUCUCUCCCAAUGUCGUGUUGAGAUGGGCCAUGCGUCUUCCGUGACGGCGCAGAUGUGCUGUGAGGGAGGGGUGGCCGGGCGGGGGGCGGCAGGGGAGGGCCAGGCCGGUCAGGCGGCGGCACUGACGUCAUUGUGGGCGACACGGGGGUGGACCGUGUGGCAGACCGAGGGCAGGAUGAGGAACACACAGACACGGAAGAUAAGACUGCAUUCAUUGUUGGGGGUGGGUAAUCCACACACACAUACACAUACGCGGAAACCGUGUACAUACACGUGAAUGAGUGAUGGCGGUGAUUUCCCCUUUCACCUUGUGUGCUGGCUGCGCUGCUGGCAGCGUCAGCGUCAUUGUCAUUGUUGGCCACGAUCCCCACAGCUUUGGACAGGAAGUCACACAUCACCGCCGCCCCACCAGCUGCCUCGUGCUCAUCAUCCUCCGCACCGCCGCCAUCCGGUGAGUCGUCGUCAUGGCCCAGACGCCGGCCCUCCCUCUCCACCUGUCUGUCCCCUUGUGGGUCGCUCUCGUCUUCGCUAGAGUGGUGGCUGAAUGUCUGCAGCUCCACCUCAGAUUGGGAAGAUGCUGCUGCCGCUGCUGCUGCUGCUGCUGCUGGGCUCACGUGAGAGUGGUCACGCGAUUGGGGCACUGUUGGGGCGCUCACCACUGCACACGUACGCAGCGUACAGUGGUGGCGUGUCUCUGUCUGUCUUUGUGUUUGUGUCAUGCAUUCUCACUGACUGACCAGUGUGUGGGUGUGGGGCAGGGGAACUGUGUGUGCGGAUGGUGUCGAUAGUGUGGCCGGCUGCACCAGCAGCGCCACCGCUGCCCGUCCCCUGGACGUCUUCAGGGUCCUGUGAGGGGUCUUCAAUCAGCCGCCGCCUCAGCGCCAGGGUGGCCGACCACGGCAAAGUCAGGUCACUACUCAGCAGCAGCAGGGCCCAAUACGCCACGUACAGCAGCAACAGCAACACGCACAUCAACAUCCUGCACACACACACACACGUGCGCCUAUUUGAUGGUGCCUCUCCCCUCUCCCUCUCUCUGUGUGUUCCGCCCCCACUUACCCAGUGUUUUGCACUCGUGUGAAGUAGGGGUCUCUGGUGUCGGAGAAGAGCAUGUUGGCCAUGAGAAUGAGGGCAAACUCAAAUGACCUCAGGUGGAAGAGCACCCGGCAGUGUCGGGUGUUGCGCUGCACGCGGUCCUCGCUGGCGCUGAGGAGGGCGUAGGCCCCCACGAGCAUCACGGCGAUGCCGAUGACGAAGUUCUUGAAAAAGCUGUUGUUGAACGUCAGACAGAUGCACAGCGCAAAGACCUACACACACACACACAGAGAGAGAGAGAGAGAGAAAACGAGGGAUGGAGGAUGAAUGAACUAUACAGGUCGACACAGGCAGACAGAGAGAGACGAGGCGUGCCACAGCAACUACCUGUCCGAAGAAGAUGCAGCAGAAGCUCCAUGGCCAGAAUAUCCUUUGGCCCACCAGACAGAGCGUCACGAUCCGCAGCUGCACGUCGAUCAUGUGGAGGCCGCCGCUCAGCACCAGACGCACCACAGUGGACCGCCGACUCAACUCGCGCAACGGCUGAUCGGGCGAGUGACGCUGAUACAUACACAGGCGAGAGAUCCAUCCAUGUGUGCAGGUGAGUGAGGUGGCCAUGGGUGUGAAGGCAAGCACCCACCUGUAUGUCGCUGAUGAGGUUUUUGGUGAGUGUGGCGGCGACUGUGAGGGAACAGAGAGUGGCACCCACGGCGUUGAGGACCAACACGAAAGGGGCGACAGAGUCAGGCUGACUCGUGCCAGGAAUGAUGUUGCCGCCGGACGCUAGACAUCACACACCCACACACACACACCCACACACACACGUACGUGUGGACGAGCAAUGUGGGUCCACCGUGUGUUGCGUGCUGUGCUCACUGGCCAAGAAUGCACUGUUUUGUGCGUAGAUGAGUAUGUGGUUGUAGAAGAAGCAGAGGGGCAGGUUGGCGAAGGGGAUGGACACGUGGUGGAACUCCUGCAGCUUGGGGGGCUCCUCAACCGCAUCCCAAUUCGCAUACGCCUGCAUGCACCCCAUUAAUUAAAUUAGUGAGUAAGGGGUUACGAAUGAAUGCAUAAGUCCAUCAAAGUGCGUCCAUCAAUCCAAUCCCCCAUGAGCCAAAAGCACUGCUGGUUCUUGCUUGCCUCAAGGAAGGGAUGCGCCCCAACGAGAGCCGCCCCCACCCACCGCAAUCGCUGGACACACACGACACAGCAGACAUUUCAGCCAGAUCUUGGUGAUCUGAUGACUGAUCUGCCCACCUUCUCGUUCAGGUAGAGGAUGGCAGAAUAGCACCACGCCGUCGUCUGACACAGCACCUGCUCCAGAACACACACACACACACACACACGAAGCAGACAUCCGAUCUGAUCUCCCGUCUGUCUGUCUGUCUAGAGCUGUCUGUGUGUGUGUGUGUGUCGAGUGACUGCUGAUCUGAUCAGACCAGUGUCCAGAAGAGCGAUGGGUAUCCCUGGAGGAGGUAGACCACCGCCACGGACGAGUGAAACACCAGAUUGGCCACAUACAGACCCAACGACAGCGACACCCGAUAUCGUGUCAGGAGCACGUGCUGGCCCGUCGCCCGCCGCCUCCGCUGCCCGUGGGUGUGCAGCACCCUGCCCACUGCACUGAUUGUUCCGCUCGGCGCAGGAGGUAUACCCAGCAUUUCCGAAUCAACCACCUUCCAACUUGUGUGUCAUCCAGACACAGACACGGCUCCUCAAAAGCAAAGAAAGAGAG